UUGUGCUUACGAGAACCAGAAGAAAGAGUAACCAAAAGUAGCCAUGCCCCACGUACUCCUCCACCUCCCAAUCACAACCAUCCAUCUCAGACCAUGUUCUUUCUCUAUCCCAAAACCACCGGCUCAUAUUCACCUCCGCACCAACCCCACAACCAUAAAGUGCAUGGCCAAUCCCAGGAAAGUUAAGAUGGUAGCGAAACAGAUAAGGAGAGAGCUUUCCUACAUGCUCUUAACCGGCAAAGUGUUGCAAUACGCUGUCCUGCCUGAAACCGCCUUGGGAGCCGACCUCUACCUCUCUUCUCUUACUACCAUAAGUGAUGUUGAAGUUUCGGCUGAUUUACAGGUUGUCAAAGUAUAUGUAUCUGUUUUCGGUGACGAGAGAGGUAAAGAGAUUGCGCUUUCCGGGUUGAAAUCAAAAGCGAAAUACGAUAGAAGCGAGCUUGGAAAGAGUAUGAAGUUGCGGCUUACACCUGAGAUUUGCUUCAUUGAAGAUGAAUCACUAGAGAGAGGAAGAAGGGUAAUUGCGAUAUUAGAUAGAAUAAAGGAUGAGAAUAAGACUGCAGCAGAUGAAUUUGAAGAAGAAUUUCAGUCAUCUGAUCAAGAUGACAAAGAUUGGGAUGGUGAUGACCAUGAUGAGGAUAUUAUUUAUGUAAAGUUGUCAUAA